CGAGCGAGGGAGCGAGAGAGCAGGCAGCUGCCAGGAGAUCUUCCCCACUCUCUGGCGCCUCGCUCUCAGAAGCUCCGGAUCCCGACACACGAGAGGCGCUGUCCUUUCAGCACCACAAGCUCAGGGCUGAGGAGGGAGGACUCCUGCUUGUCCUCCUCUUCAAAUUGGCUUGAAUCUGCUCUGACCCCCCAAGAGUACAGCGCAGUCUGGGAAGAAAGGCAUAAGGAUGGUGAAGCUGAACAGUAACCCCAAUGAGAAGGGAACCAAGCCACCUUCAGUUGAGGAUGGCUUCCAGACCGUCCCUCUCAUCACUCCUUUGGAGGUUAAUCACUUACAACUGCCUGCUCCGGAGAAGGUGAUUGUGAAGACAAGAACAGAGUACCAACCAGAACAGAAGAACAAAGGGAAGUUCCGGGUGCCAAAGAUCGCGGAAUUUACGGUCACGAUCCUCGUCAGCCUGGCCCUUGCUUUCCUUGCCUGCAUUGUGUUCCUGGUGGUUUACAAAGCCUUCACCUAUGACCACAGCUGCCCAGAGGGAUUUGUCUAUAAGCACAAGCGCUGCAUUCCAGCCUCCCUGGAUGCUUACUACUCAUCCCAGGACCCCAACUCCAGAAGCCGCUUCUACACAGUCAUCAGCCACUACAGUGUGGCCAAGCAGAGCACUGCCCGGGCCAUUGGGCCUUGGCUGUCUGCAGCUGCUGUCAUCCAUGAGCCCAAGCCGCCUAAGACCCAAGGCCACUAGAGGCCUACCGCAGCCAGAGUGGGGGUGGUGGUAGGGAGGGGACCGCCACCAUUGGCUAAGCCAAGCUUGAGUUACAAUACAACACUGUACUUCUGGGAUA